AAAAAAAAAGAAACGGCAAGAUGGCGAUUGCAAAGGCGAUCUAGCAGAUCUCUAUGGUUCGAUGGGUGGAUCCAGGGAUUUUUGUUCAACGAUGGUCGAGGGGAUGUAAGGUUACUGUUUUGAGGAUCGGUUUUUUCAGAUCUCUAAGGUGGAUUAGAAGGAUACGGUUUCCGUCGGUCUAUGGUCAUCCCAAUUGGGAUUUGGUUUUUAUGAGAUUUGGGGAGACUCCACAGAAUCAUCGUGAGAUACGUUAUCUCCUUGUCAAUUUGCAGUUUUGGAAAAGCUCAGGGAUUAUUAUGAUCAGGAAAUCUUUCUCCAUCGAUACCAUCAAGGUUUCUCUAGAGGGUUUUGCUAUGGUAUCUUUGGCUUUGUCUAUUCUGUUCCAGGUCUGGAGUAUGGGUAUAUGAGCUUUGGUAUAUCACAAUACUGGAAGGGUUAGUUGCUGGUGUUGUUUGUAUGAGGUCUUUAAAAGAAUAUAUGCUUGUGACCUUCGGUUUUCAGGCUAGAUCACACGAAAAAGGCCUUUACCGCUUGGUAAUACGGAUAUUCCUUGGGCUCGGUACUUGUAAACAUUUGGACAAUAAGCUUAUAUUGUUAAAAGAGUUUUGGACAAUGUCUAUUAAGGUUAUGGAGCAUUAUCGGAUUGUCACAAUAGUUUGUAUAUGGGGGAUAAUUGAGUGCAUGGUGUAUCAUGUAGAUAUAGUCGAAUGGGAUUCAUAUGGAUGUCAAUUGCGCUAUAAUGAAAAUUUUAUACCUAAAGAUAAUUUUUUUAUUGGGAA